AUGCCGCCUCCAAAAAUAUCCGGGCCCAUCUCCAUUCCCACGUCCGGCGACCGCGUCCCCGCCCCGGUCGUAGACCACGCCGCGGUUGCCCUCCGCGAUUACCAACUUCUCUUCGCCUCGCAGCGCACUGAAACCGCGAAGCCCGUCGCCCUCCGCGUCGUCGACGGCGCGAUUCCGCCAGAUUUUCCUUCGGGGACGUACUACCUCGCCGGUCCGGGCAUAUUUUCCGACGACCACGGCUCCACGGUGCACCCUCUGGACGGCCACGGCUACCUCCGGGCGUUCACCAUUGACGGGUUGACCAGGGCGGUCAAAUAUUCGGCGAGGUACGUGAAGACGGAGGCCCAGAGGGAGGAGCACGACCCCGUGACCGGCACGUGGCGGUUUACCCACCGAGGGCCAUUUUCGGUACUGAGGGGAGCGAGGAUGGUGGGGAAUACGAAAGUGAUGAAGAACGUAGCGAACACGAGUGUGGUGAGGUGGGGGGGACGGCUGAUGUGCUUGUGGGAGGGUGGAGCCCCCUACGAGAUUGAAUCGGAGACGUUGGGGACCGUGGGAAGGUUUGACGUGACGAACGGUUGUGAUUCGGGGCAGUGUGGCAGGGGCAAAGUAGAUGCUUAUCACGUCGCCGCGCGUCUGUUGAACCCAAUACUAUCUGGGAUUUUCAAGAUGCCUCCAAAGCGAUUACUGUCUCAUUACAAAAUUGAUGCCCAUGAGAAUAGACUGUUAAUGCUAUCAUGCAAUGCAGAGGAUAUGCUACUUCCUUGUAGCCAUUUUAUCUUUUAUGAGUUCGACUCAAAUUUCAAGUUGCUUCAGAGGAAAGAGUUUUGCAUCCCAGACCAUAUGAUGAUCCACGAUUGGGCCUUCACUAAGACUCAUUACAUAUUGUUUGGGAAUCGAGUUAAGCUUGAUAUUUCAGGAUCACUCAAAGCAGUUUGUGGGCUCUCCCCAAUGAUAUCGACAUUAUCUGUGAACCCCAGCAAGCCCACGUCCCCCAUUUACCUACUUCCUCGUUUUGCUGUUCAAGAAAGAGACUGGAGAGAGCCCAUUGAAGCUCCUUCCCAGCUAUGGUUGCUGCAUGUUGGCAAUGCCUUUCACGAAAUCAAUGAAAAUGAUGGGCAUGCAAGGAUUCAAAUAUUUGCUUCUGCUUGCUCUUAUCAAUGGUUCAAUUUUCCAAAAAUGUUCGGAUAUAAUUGGCACAAUGGUAAAUUAGAUCCUUCUACUAUGAAUGCAAAAGAAGGUGAAACCAAGUUGUUGCCACACAUUGUUCAGGUGUUAAUCAACCUAGAUCCUGAAGGAAACUGUCAAAAUUGUAUCGUGGAGCCAUUGAAUCAAUGGAGUAAGCCAUCAGACUUUCCUGCUAUUAAUCCAUUAUUUUCUGGCAAUAAAAACACUUACAUUUAUGUGGCGAGCGCUUCUGGUUCUCAUCCAACUUUGCCGCAUUUCCCAUUUGACACAAUUGUGAAGCUUAAUGUUGUAAACAAGUCCACCUUUGCAUGGUCUGUUGGUGCACGGCGAUUCAUCGGAGAGCCCACUUUUGUCCCUAUUGGACCCAAAGAAGAUGACGGUUACCUUCUUGUGGUGGAGUAUGCAGUUUCAAUCCAAAGGUGCUAUCUUCUUAUUCUAAAUCCAAGGCGAAUUGGAGAAAGUAACGCUAUUGUAGCAAGAAUUGAAGUCCCACGAUACUUGAGUUUUCCCAUUGGUUUCCAUGGUUUUUGGGCUGUCGAAGAUAACAUAUCACAACCUCAUUUGAAUUGA